CGAGGCGUGGUCCCUAAACAUAUGCAAGGGGGCUGGCCAGUAGCUCCACCAGGCGAAUAAAAAUAAAAGCAAAGGCCAACAAAAUUUAAAAGCGAAUACGAAACGAAACGGAACCAAAUGCGGAGCUGAAAACAUUGUUAAGCCGAUUUCAAUGUAGAAAUUCAUGAAAUAUUCAUGUCCUUUGUGGCAUUUCUGGUGCUAAACUCGUGACAGCUGAGCGCCCUACAGCAAACCUUAAAGUUUACGAAUAACUUUUGUGCUCCUAAAAUACAUUUCUUUGACAUAUUCGCUCGAAAAAUAUAUUUAUUGAGCAGAUCUUUAGACAAACAUACAAACAAUGUUUCACUCAAAUGCGUUGCAAUUAAAUAUUGAAUACGUUAUGAAUCGCAUUUGAUCAACAUAUUUGUGCAAGUGAAUUAAAACGCCAGCAAAUAUUUUUGCAUUUCAAAAAUAUAACCACACAGGCUGCUAAAAUGUAUGGCUUUGUUAACUACGCUUUGGAGUUGCUGGUGCUUAAAUAUUUCGACGAGGAAAUAUGGGAGAAGAUCAAAAAAAAGGCCAUGGUCAGCAUGGAGGGACAAUUUCUGGUGCGUCAAAUUUACGAUGACGAAAUAACAUACAAUCUAAUUGGAGCAGCUGUUGAGAUACUCAAGAUACCUGCCGAUGACAUAUUGGAACUGUUUGGCAAGACAUUCUUUGAGUUCUGUCAGGAUUCGGGCUAUGAUAAAAUACUUCAAGUGCUGGGCGCAACGCCGCGUGACUUUCUACAGAAUCUGGACGCACUGCAUGACCAUUUGGGCACCCUUUAUCCGGGCAUGCGAGCGCCCUCGUUUCGUUGCACGGAAAAGGAUGGCGAACUGCUGCUGCAUUAUUACUCGGAACGGCCCGGGCUGGAGCACAUUGUCAUCGGCAUAGUCAAGGCCGUUGCAUCGAAGCUGCACGGUGUCGAGGUGGAAAUUGACAUCGUGAAGCGCAAAGGUGAGCCCAUCGAUGCGACCGAGAAGGAACGCGCCCUGGCACGCGAACAGCAACAAUUGGAAACUGAGACGACGGCUGGCGGAUCGGAUGCCACAGCAAGUGAUGCGGCUGCUGCUGCUGGAGCGACUGCACCAGUUCAAGUUGCAGGCACUGCCGAGCACAAUAACAAUCACAAUGCCAACAACAACAAUGGCAUCAACAACAGCAGCAACAACAUCAACAACAACAACGAUGGUCAGCAAAUUGCCAGCGAGCCGGCUGGCGAGCAGUUGCCGGCCACAUCGAAGGCCACAGGCGGCGCGCCAUGUGGGCCACUUGUGCAGGAUAGCUUCGACUGCGACGGCGACAAGGAGCAGAAGUGCCUGCGCCUGCUGAAGAACAAGAGCGAUGACAUCGAACGCUAUGACCAUGUACAGUUUCUGAUACGUGAAAUCAAUGUGGCCGCCAAAUCGCAAGUGGAUGCCAAGAAGGAUGACCCGGCAGCCAGCGAUGAUAUGGAGUUUCUCUGUGAAGCUCCACUCAUCUCGCCAGCGACUUUCUGUAAGGUGUUCCCCUUCCACCUGAUGUUCGAUAGACAAAUGAAAAUCGUACAGGCCGGCAAAGCCGUAUCCCGCGUUAUACCCAGAGUGGCCGAGGAGAACUGUUCGCUGAUAGAGGUGGUGGAGGCCAUUAGACCACACCUGCAGCUCACAUUUGAAAACAUUUUGUCGCACAUAAACACCAUCUAUGUGCUCCAGACGAGGCAGGGCGCCAUGAGUAGCCGGCUCGAGCAGCGCUUUCUGAGACUGAAGGGCCAAAUGAUGUAUAUACCAGAAACAGAUCGCAUAUUGUUUCAGUGCUAUCCGAGCGUCAUGAAUUUGGAUGAUCUAACCAAGAAGGGACUCUACAUUUCGGAUGUGCCGCUGCACGAUGCGGCCAGAGAUUUGGUGCUGCUUUCUGAGAAAUUCGAGGCGGAAUACAAGCUGACCAAAAAUCUGGAAAUGCUGACGGAUAAGCUACAGCAAACGUUUCGCGAUCUGGAGAGUGAGAAGCAGAAAACGGACAGGCUGCUCUACUCGGUGCUGCCCAAAUCUGUGGCAAAUGAGCUACGACAUCAGCGUCCAGUGCCUCCGAAACGCUAUGACUCCGUAACGCUGAUGUUCUCUGGCAUUGUGGGCUUCGGGCAAUAUUGUGCAGCCAACACGGAUCCCGAGGGUGCCAUGAAAAUUGUAAAAAUGCUUAACGAGCUCUACACCGUCUUUGAUGCGCUCACCGACUCCAAGCGCAACCUGAAUGUCUACAAAGUGGAAACUGUGGGCGAUAAGUAUAUGGCCGUCUCGGGUCUGCCAGAUCAUUGUGAGGAUCACGCCAAGUGCAUGGCGCGCGUCGCUUUGGAUAUGAUGGAUAUGGCUAAGAAUGUCAAAAUGGGCUCCAAUCCGGUGCAAAUCACCAUUGGCAUCCAUUCGGGCGAGGUGGUCACCGGCGUCAUCGGGAAUCGUGUGCCCCGCUAUUGCCUCUUUGGCAACACCGUCAACCUGACGAGUCGCACCGAAACCACCGGCGUGCCCGGUCGCAUAAACAUUAGCGAGGAGACCUAUCGGCUGCUGUGCCAGGAGAUCAACGAGGAUGAUUCAUUUAAUCUGGAGUACCGCGGCCCGGUCAUCAUGAAAGGCAAGCCGACGCCGAUGGACUGCUGGUUCCUGACACGUGCCACCAGCGCACUAAAUGCCAGCAGCAGCGGCAAUGGCAGCCUCGACUCGCCGCAGCUGCAGCCCACAACGCCAACGGCCACAACGCAACGGCUGGUCAUGGGCAUGGGACAUGCCAGUGUCUCACGUACAUCCUCGGCGAGCGGCAGUACCGGCGGUGGUGGUGGCGGCGGUGGCGGUGGCAGUGGUGGGGGAGCAGCCGCAACGGGUCCUGUGGCGCCCUCAGAUGCAUAGGAUAUGCAAAAGGAUGCAAAUAUACUGUAAAUCUACGUGCAACUCCUUGACUUCAGCAGCCAAGCGACUAUCUAACUGAUUGCGUGUGUGUGUGUGUGUGUGUGUGUGACUUGGCCACUUAACCACUUCAUUUCAAUGUAUUUGUGCUGUCUUGGCUCGCAUCCUUGUCUGCAUCUGCGUGUGUAAGGGCGUGUGUGUGUGUGUGUGUGACUGCUGCUGCUGCUGCCACAUUGCGGCCGAAGAAGUUGGCAUCAGGCAUCGCUGGAUCGUUGUGCAAGGUAAUUUAUGUUAAUGCUCUUACUGCUGUAACCACACAAAAGAGGCUAGAGUAAGAGAGAGGGAGAGAGAAAAUGGAGUUAGUGUCUAUGGGACACGCCCACACAAGUUAGUUUACAAAUGAUUUACAUUUCUUCAGCGAUUACGCUGCGUAUACGUAAUUUAUGGGCAUAUUUACAAGGCUUAUUUGUACUGCAUAAAUCAAAACCAUGUCUCUGCUAUACAAAAUUAGCAUUAUGUAUCAUUUUUAUGCCCCACCCAUAGACGUUCGCCAUUUGUUAAAGUGUUAUCGCUGCAAACUCAACCAAACACGAUUUGCUGUCGGGCCAUAAAAGCAAGCGCACAUAUCCUGUACAAGUUUUCAUGCUGUUUGCCCAAAAGCCUCGCUGCUUGUGCAGUAAACUAGAUAAGUCCAAAACAACUCAAUAUAAAAGCCAUAAUAUGGCAAACAUUUAAACAUAUAUAUAUCUGCACUUCAGCAGACGCCGAGCUUGAGCCCAAGCCCAAGUCUCGUCUCUAACAUUUGCGGGGCUGCCAAAGGAUUGUCAACAGCGCCAAGCGAAUUGUUUGCUUUUGUUUAUAAAAGUUUGGCCAGCCUCCUGCUAUAUAUCUUUAUAACAUAUAUAUAUAUAUGUAUAUACACAGAUAGGUAUAACAGAACCACAACAAAACGGGCCUUUCUGGGCGCUGGGAAGAAAGAGCACCAGCUUUGGAAUUUAACACAUAUUUUCAUAUCAAAUAUUUGGCAUAAACAAACAACCGCAGUAGCAGAAAGGAUGCCAUGGAACAAACAGCAAAUAUAUGAAAAUUGGCGAGGGCAGCUUAAAAAUAAUGCCUUAAAAUUUUACUUUAAUAUAAGAAAUCCUAAAAUGUUUUUUCAAGAAAUAAUUUUCCUAUUGCCUCUAGUAUUUCAAUCGCUAUUACUUGAAAAAUUUAAUUUGCUAAGAACUACAAAUGGCAGGAAAACAUUAUUGCAUAAAAAAGGUAUUACCACUAUAUCAUAUAAUCAAGAGAGAAAUAACUUACACACACAACUACUUAAGGUAGUUGGGCUUCACGCCUUUAGAAGUAUAUAAGGUCCUUGAGUCUGUUAAGUAAGCUUUUACCUGUUUAUAUCUGACAUCAAAAUUUAACAUUAAAUUCUUUUUUGUAAGAAGCCUUGGUAGUUUCAGAAGUUCCGAUACCAUAUUGAGAACUAUUUUUCGUCUAGAUAACUUUUAAAGAGUAUGUAGAAACAAAGGACUUACUCUAAAAAUUGGCUGCACGAUCAUUAACAUCCGUUUAAUAAUUGCUUAAAAAAAAAAUGGGAUAGGAUCGUUAACAGCUGCUUAACAUAUGCCUAACGUAAAAUGUUGAUAUCAAGAAAGUAUAACUGCACGGCCACAAUCUUUAACAGGGCCUUAACAUACGCUCAACAUAUGCUUAACAUAAUAGCGUCAAUAACAGCACAUUUUUAAUGUUGAAAAUUUGCCACAGAGAAAAUACGUAUUGCUAACAAUUAUACAGCGACCCUCGCCAGAUAUAACUCAAGUCUAUCUUCAGCCCGAAAACUUUGUUAAUGUAUAUGACAUUGAGGCAAAGCGAAUCGCAUUAAACGCCCACGAGCCGACCCAGGCGCAAACACAGAUACAAAUACAGAUACAGAUACAAAUAAGGCUAGAGAAACAAAUAUGUCGAGAGCUGCUUGUAGACUUGCAUACAGAUUUGUUUUGGAAAGUGUCUCUGGGCUGUGCAUUGUGGGCGGACCAUUUUAUAUUGGCUCUCAAUGUCUGUUUAUGGCCUCGAUAUGCGCACAUUAUCGUUAAAUGCCAACAAUAACAAUAACAAUAACAGCAACAACAACAACAACAAGAACAACAACAAUGCAAUUUCAUGACUUGCAAGUAGAAAGGCAUUUUGAUGAUGAUGCCAUACAAGUGUGUGUGCGUGUGUGGGUGUGUGCGGGUGUGUGUGUCCCUAACGAUGCCUCGUUAGAAAUGGAUUAGCAUUGAUUAGUUAUCGCAAUUCUCUUGCUUCUGCCUUAUUUAUAACAUUUCUUUUGCCUGCAAAUAAUAAUUAAAAAGGGUAAACGAAAUGUUUCUUAAGCACAUUUCUCAUAAUUUAUAUAAAUCACAUUUCUGUUACGGUCAGCAGCUCAUUUGCAUUCAUAACGAAUGCAGGCAGCACAAGAGAUUGAAAUUAAGGUCUUAGGAGCACAGAAUUGGGGUGGCUUAAGAAUAAAUGUUUUCGACUACGAGUUGCUCUGUUGACACUUAAAUAACAAUACUAAAUACCUGGAAAAAGUCUUGUGGCUUAAAAAAGCGACGGCGGGAUUGGGUGAAAGCCUUAAUUGAAAAAGGUAUAGGUCGUCUUUUGCUCAAACAAGGCUUAAAUUUUACCAUUGAAAUGUUCAAACAUUAUAAUUUACCCAUGCCGAUCUUUUUCCAGAGAAAAAAACGAAUUGAAAAUAUAAUUAAAUAUGGUUCAUUAGAAGAAAAAAAAGUGUUUAACGAUCGAUAUUCUUAUCAAAAAGAUGUAAAAGCCUGAUUGCUUAUAUCUUGUAGAGCGUCUUCACAAAGAUCUUUAUUAAAUAAAAAUAACUAUAACAAAAGCUGCAUAUAACCAGUUUCCAAAUA